AUGGCUACGGAGGAAAAAUGGUAUUUCACCAAGGAGCAAUUAGCAAACACACCAAGUCGAAAAUGUGGGAUCGACGCAGAUAAAGAAUUGAGUUACAGACAGCAAGCUGCUAAUUUCAUCCAGGAUAUGGGCCAGAGGCUUGUUGUUACUCAGUUAUGUAUAAAUACAGCGAUAGUUUAUAUGCAUAGGUUCUAUGUGUUUCACUCACUGUCGCAAUUUCAUAGAAAUUCAAUUGCAUCCGCUGCACUUUUUUUGGCAGCUAAGGUUGAAGAACAACCAAGGAACGAGCAAGGACUUAGCCCAGACUUCAUACUUCAUGGCAUCGAACAGAUAAUGAGCAUCUCGGAGCGUCAGAGCCCAAGUAUGCACCACCCAAGCUUACCCAACUCACCAUUCGACGUGGAACCGCGGCGAGUAGCCGCGGUCGAUGACGGAGGUCCAUCGUUCCAGUCAGCGCGUCCUUACCCCGCCGAGGAGGACAAGAAGAAGCCUCCAAGCCAGCCUUCAACCCGGCCUCCAACAGACUACCGCGAGUACCGCGACAAGAAAGAACGCGAGCGUCUGGAGCGUGAGAAAAUGAGUCAGAACUCCGGAAGUUUGCCUCAGGACUCCAAGCACCACCACUCCCACCACCACAAGCCGUCCGUGCCCGGUCCUUUGUUAAACACCCCCUCUGCUUCAUCAACCUUAACAAUGUCUGGAGCAUCUGGGACUCCCAUAUCAAAGCACAUGGUGGUUCCUCAAAAAGGGGCAGCAGCUGCCCAUCACAAUCAUCAUCAUCACCACCAUCACAACCGCCCGGAUUUAAAGCUCCAGCAGAAGCAUUCCAACUCGACCGGCCCCCGGGACCCCAACCGCGACAGUUCAAGACAGCGGAUCUCCCGGGACUACCAACACCAACAGCAACAACAACAACAACAACAACAACAACCUCCUAAUUAUUCUCAACAUCAACUUUCUGCAAAUAAUCACAUCGCUGCCCCUAAAGAUAGCAAUUCUGCCCCUGAUAUAAUCGACCCAGUCAUCCCGGAGAUCAGCCAUGUUGACAAACCCAGCAAUAAUAAUCACCACUCGGGUUCAACUCGGCCAGUUCCGUUCGACAAGCGUAGCUACGACCCGCGGAAUAAAUUGAUUGACCAUCGGAAGGAGGAGCAGAAAAAUUCCCAGUAUCCUAACCCGCCAAAGUAUCCCGAGCAUAUUCGCUCAAAUGACCGGCUUAGUAGGAAGCUGCCCGAAUUGGAACAACGCAGCGAGGAGGUCAGGAAGCUCAUUGAGAAGCCGCUGCCCAUUCCUAAACCUCGGGCGGAGAUUCAGAAGGAAGAGUACAUUGCUAAUAUGCUUAAGCAGUCGCAUAAUCCUAAUAAAUAUAAUCAAGAUAGCAAAUUAAUUCAUAAUUCUAAUAGAAUUUUUCCACAUGAUUUAUCCAAGAGUCAGAAUCUUAUUAAGUCUCAUCAUCAGGGGCAGCAGCUGAUGCAUCAGGGGCAGCAGCAUCAGAUGUCUCAGAUUUUCAAAGACAAAAAUGGAAUUCAGAAUCCUAAUUUAGGAAUUAUUGAUGAGAAAAUUGAUAAAAGGAAGCAUGAAGAACUCACUCAAGUACCUAUAAUUAAACAUAAAUCAUUAUUUAGUCCAGAUAAAAUUACACCUGAUAUAAAUCAGCGUAAAAGUAGACAAAAAACGCCACCUGUCUUAAUUAAAUCAAUAAAACAGGAGGAAGAUUUAAAUACUCAAUUGUUUUCAAUGUCUCCGGAAUUGUCCUUGAAUUUGAAUAUUAAAAAAGAAAAUCAAGAACAAAAGAUUAAGUCUGAAGAUAAUUUAGAUAAAAAACGGCUGCCCAUUUUGAGCAGCGGGCAGCCUGAUUCAAAAGAGGGUCUUAAAUUACCGACAUUUGAAACAGAGCUUAUGUUUAACGGGCUGGACAUAAAGCCGUUUAAAACAGAGACCGACUUGAGCCCUAUGAAGUCUGCCCAGGGAAUCAGCGCGCUGCUCCAAGAGCCUUUAGCUCCUAUGCCUUCGUUAUUGCAAACUCUAUCCUCUGACGAGGGGAUUUUCUCUCAAAGCGGGCCCCUAGAGUCCAGUCAGAAUUUACAAGAACUUCCUGCGGUUACUGCAAGUGUCCCUACUGGGCAGAAACCUCUGGGCAGCACUCAGCCAAAUAUUAGUCAAGUUUCUGAGGAGCCUUUUGUGUCUACAGUCGACAUCAGCGCGUUCGCGGCAGCCCCGGUUAUUUCUUCAGUGCCAAUUGUGCAGCCUGCUGCCCAGGAAGCUGCAGUUAAGAAGCAGGAGCAUCAUAAGAGCGAGAAGAAGAAGAAGAAGGAGAAGCACAAGCAUAAGGAUAAAGAUAAGGAUAAGAGUAAAGACAAACACAAGCAUAAACAUAAAGACAAAGACAAGCAUCGGGAUAAGGACAAAGAUAAGGAGGGGAAGGACAAAAAGGAUGGGGCAGAAAAGAGGGACAAGCAUGAGGAGGCUGUCACUGCUGCCCCUAUCAAAAUUACUAUUCCUAAGGACAAGCUUAACCUUGUCGACACGCCGGAUAGUAAAAAGAAGAGCCCGAGUGCUGGGAUUAAGAUUAAGAUUCCCAAGGAGAGGCUCAAGAAUAAAGAGCUGCCCACUGCUGGCCAUCAAGGACCGCUCAAGAUCAAGAUUAGGACUAAUACUGCGGCUUCUGGGCAGCCCGAGGGGUACAAUGUUGACAAUCGCAAGCGCGAAAGGGAAGAUAGUGGUGGCCAGCCUCCGGCUAAAAAGUUCCAGCAUGUACAGGGUGGGCAGACUGGCCAGACAAAUGCUGGGCAGACUGGGCAGCCGAAUCAGGGGCAGCGAGGCUCUGAUCGCCAGAACGGACGCCAUUAUACGAGCAAUAAUAAGGUACGUGGAGACGGCAAUCGCAUUGGUCAACAACUGGGUCGUUAUCCACACUCGCGUUUGAGUAAUGAGCAUGGUUUUAGUAAAUUUGUUGAGCAGCCUAUCUAUCAAAAUCCAUAUUUUUUUACUAAUUUUCCCCCGCCGAUUUUCAACGGACAGUACUUCGAUCCUAAUUUUUAUUUCCAGUAUUCCCAGUUUAAUCUCUAUUCUCAGGGUAAUUUUUCUGAUAACUUUGAACCUCUGGGGAUUGACACCUCCGAAAAACAUUCUACUAAAGACACGAAGACUUCCACCAGUAAAUUAAUAUCGCAACAUCAAACGUAA